AUGGCGCCUGUUGUCGAAAGCUCAGAUUUCUACUUUUUCCAGUCUGCAAGGAAGUUUGGUGAAGUGGACAAUUCCCCCGCCGUUGCAGACCAGGUCCACAGCUCCACUCCCAGCUCAAUAACCUCUCAAGGUGAUGACGAUAUGUUUGCUCGUUUGGAUCAAUCCUCGUCGGUGCAGACGUCACUAUCUACGGCUGAUCACGACCCUCACGAUGCUAUAAACUCUCUUUCCAAACAGUUUUAUGCAGGUCCAAGCUUCAACCACAACGGCUUGAAUAACCGGGGUCACACAAACUAUGUACGGAAUUCUAUUGUGGUUUCUCCCUCGUUCACGUCGGAACUCACCACCUCCAGACUUGACAAUUCUCAGGAAGUACCUACGAAAACGUUUGGAAUGACUCCUAGUCCCAGUAUGCAGGCCCUGGAGAGUCUGGUGUCCGAUAGAAGAAAGACAUCUCCCACAUAUUCUCUUGGAACGCUAACAGAAGAGGCUGAUCCCGUUCCAAGAACCAACCAAUCCCAGAUUUCACUUAACACAUUCUACACUGCAGUUUCUGCGGACACAAUUAUACAACAGGAGAAGGCACCCGGGAGCGAUAACGGGCUUGAUAAUGAGAUUAACAGCAACACUGGGCCUGAAAUUUUUCACGAACAUGACGUUAGAGGUGAACAGAAUCAGAAGAUCGAACCUCAAUACCUCGCAGUGGGUCCAAACCCACCUACCGAAGACCUCAUCAGUUUGAGCAGCAACUCUCCAGCGCUGAAACAGCUAGGCAACCAGAUGACACCAUCGUUGUUCUCACCUGGAAUGGUUGAGGCUCCCGUCCAGGGACUUGAGUUUUUAAACCCUUCGAGUUUUGGUACGGUGAUGAACUCCAGAAGUACCAAUUACCCGGGCUUGUCAAACCCUGGCUUCUCAAAUGCAAACACCGCUGACGACUCUGGAUAUAUCAGCAUAAUCAGUGAAGACGAUGAUGACGAAGAUAACAGAAAUCACGCUUUUGAACCUAGACGUGGGGACGACUUCAACUCUUUAAAUAGUGACAAUGAUGAAGAGUCACUCGAAGAAUCCUUGCACGAGCAAAAGAAGGUUAUUACGGUGCCGACAGGCAAGCCUACUGCUGUUCAGCAGACUUUUAGUCCAGUUCCUGACUACACUAUCAGAGCUGUGGAUAACGAGGAUGUUGUUGAAAAUGUCGUUGAGAACCCCUCGUCUUCUCGGUACGAGAAGGUGUUGAGGCCAAUGGAUGUGAACAGUCCGGAACCGGUCGUUUCGUUGGAGAAACAACUUCCUUUGACACCAGUUGUUGAUGUUGGUAGAGAUAUCACUGCUUCUCCUGCCAUUAUAUCACAACCUGCUCCACCAUCAAGGUCGAACUCCUCGUUUUCUUUGAACAAUUGGUCUUCCAAGACACGCAAGCAGAAGGGGAUGUCAAUGCCAGUGAACAAACUGGAUGAGGAGAAAGAAAACAAGCACAGAAAGAGAAGAAGUUUAAUAGGGCUUUUUAAAAGGGAGAAACCCGUCAUGGAGACGUCUAUAUCAAAGAAAGACCCGAAGCCCGCCAAAACUCCAACAAUGCCUAGCCCGGCCCUUUCUACUGGAUCACAGAGCAGUUUCGGAAGAAGAUUCAAGUCCAAGAGUGUUUCGAAUUUUGACGAUAUGGCUGCACCUCCACAAAAAUCCAAACUUCUUUCUGGUUGGAAACGUAAGAGUGUUUCAAAUCUACCUGAAUCGAAGCCUGUUGAGCAAAGACCAAAGGCCACCCGAAGAAAAUCGUUGCUUGAAACGUAUGGAUUCAGCGGAAACACUUCUUCAACAUCGCCUGCCCCAUCUAAUGUUCAGCCAAGCCCGAACCUUCCCGUUGCCCUCUCUGAAAAGUUCAUCGAUGCUCCAGCGAUCUCUCCAAAAAUCCACGAGCCUGCUGCUGCCAAACCUUUGAUUGAAAAGCACCAUAGUGAUGAGACUGUUGUGAAUGAACAGCAGGCCAAAUUGUAUGUCGGUGGCUCGGAGCAGAAGAAUGAAACUCCCCAAAAACAGGUUUUAGCCCCACCUUUUGAUCCAAGGAAGGCUGGUUUGGGUAUCUCCUUUGAUGCCUACAGAUUUGAUGAGACCCCGGAGAGUGAAGCUCGUCCGAAUGCCAACUUGAAUGCUGCUCGAAACCUUCAGCCUCUGCAGUUGUCUCCUAAAUCGCCAUCUAGAGGAAAUCUGCAUGCAGGGGAGGCACUGUUCCCAAAAUCGCUGGAUUCGGAGGAGGUGACAAGCAUUGUCACCAUGGAAAGGUCCAGGUCCAUGAGAUCUGUUCGUUCUUCACCUGUUGAUCGAAUGAUUGCCAACGAUUUGGAUUCCAUUGUUAAUGCUGACGGUAUGAUCUUGAUCAGAUCUCCUCACAGACUUCAUGCCGAUGUCUCAUCUAGAGGAUCAUAUUCUCCUAACAAACGCUCUCCAGAGCCAGCGUUGCACAAUGAUGCUGGGCUCAUGGAUUACCUUGACUUCAUCAGUUUUGGCGACGUGGAGGUGAGCACUGAUUUCCAUCUUCGUGAAGAUCAGAGUUUUAGACUCAAUGCGGUGCCUAGUUUGAAACCCGUGGAAAACGUCUACGUUCCACCAAAGACUAUACUAACACCGGAAAUCACCAAAGAGCUCGAUCUCUCAUACGUCAGCCCACAAGCAAACGGAGCGCCUAAUCUUGAGGCGUAUCCAUCGCCCAGUAUUAGCGACGAUCUCGUUUCGAGAAAUGCUCAGCUGUUGGCAGCAUUGGACACUCCAGAUCUUGACUCUGGUUCGCCUUUCUCUCCAAUUGUGGACCAGUCACCUGCGUUGUCAUCUUCUUCUGCCAAGGCAGACGUCUUUGUGCCUGCUGCUCCAAGACCGGUAUCCUCAUCUUUCCGUGGUCUGCGUGGACCAGCAUUUGGAAGCGGUCAGGCCCAUCCACGCGAUUCGUUGAUAAGUGCCUCGAGUGCGCCGGAUGAUCUGUAUGACCCAUUCGAGUCCAGAGAGUCGGUGAAUAGUGAAGAGUUGAUGGAGCAGGGACAGCAAGACUCUCAUGGCAAAAGUGCUAGUGUUUCCAGUUUUGUCCACAGCAUAACGUCUCGUCGUGAUAAGAAAGUUUCCGUAUCUACUGCCAAGUUGCCCAAGCAGAAGCCUCCAAAGACGUUGAUACGGAAGAGGCUCUCAAAGAGCGUGGAUAUGAUGAACAGCUCCGUCACUGUCAGAUUUUCCUCAAGGAUCGUCCUGUACAAUACCUACGAUCCGGAAGAUUAUGACAGGCACCCCGAGGUGGCUACUUGUAAUCAGCUGACGCCUCAACUAGCUCAGCAGAUCAAGGAUGAAUUGAACGAGUUUAAGGCGGAAAUGGACAUUCAUGAGCAAUCCAGAUGCUACACCCAUUUCUUCUAG